AUGAGUUUGAAAACUUACGUUACAAAUAAAGUUGUAGAUCAUGUUUUAGAGAAAACAUCCAACAUACCCAAUGCACCACCCAAUGCAAAAAUAGCCAAUAAUUUCAACAAUUACAUUAAUACUGGAUUAACAGAAAAAGAGGCAAAAACAUUAAAAAUUGUUAAAAAAAGAGCACAUUAUUUAGAUAAUGGAUUUUGUUCGAUUUGUGGAAUUAGAAUUGGACUAGAACCAAUUAUUGGAUGUUUACCAGUUAUUGGUGAUUUUAUGGGGGUUUGGUUAUCACUAAUGUUGGUGAAGAAAUCAAGAGAGAUUAAUUUACCACAAUUUCUCAUAUUUCUAAUGUUGUUGAAUAUAUUUGUUGACUUUAUGUUGAGCUUAACACCAUUUUUGGGAGAUUUUAUAGAUUUUUUAUAUAAAGCGAAUUCAAGGAAUGUAAUAAUAUUAGAACAAUAUUUGAUUUCAAAAACAAAAAACAAAACUUCAAAGAUUGAAAAUGGUUCAAUUGGAUUUCAAGAGAAACAAAAUAAUUAA